GGACACCGCGCUUUACUCUUCAUUGACUGAUCGAGUGUGCAGGGGGUACCUCAGCCAAGCUGUCGAGAUAUCCGCGAUUCCAUCCAUCGCCUGUUCCCCGAAAGCCGCCAUUCAAUGGCUUUACAACCAUCCAGCUCGAAUGAGUACCCGCAAAUUGCUUUUGACGAGUCAGACGUCGACAACCAGCUAGUUUGGCAUCAGUCUCGGCUGCAAGAUCGUUUGGAGUCUCAUCAAAGGCGUUCUACACACCAACUCAACAGACUCCUGGUCAACGAUGAAACAACUUACAAACUCAGCGCUAUCCGCCUUUCAGGCGCCAGUCUCACUCGCCCCGACUUCCUUCGCCCUAUCUUCGCACCUUUGUUAUCCACAAAAGAACCGCAAAAACUAGCCGAUAUCCUUUUGGCUACAGAUCAGCUUUACUCGAGGCUCGCGGACCUCGACCUCUUUUCAUCCAUCAAACUGGAUCUUCACCCUAUGUCUGACGGUAAAAAAAACGAGCUUGAGCUCCGGAUGGCGGUAUCCGAACGAGGAAGAUUCUUUCUUAAGACCUCCACAGACGUUGGCAGUGGCGAAGGCGCAUUGACGGGCUUGGCACGUGGUCGCAAUCUGUUGGGUGGCGGAGAGUUACUCGAGGGCUCCUUGAGUUUGGGAAGUCGGACCCGCGCCAGUUAUCAGGUAAGGGGAGAAGUGCCGAUACUGGGAGCCGGAGCAAAAUUUGAAAUCGCGGGAUUCGGAGCUGAGCGUGAUCUCAGCGCAUUUGCGUCUUGUAAUGAGAGUAUACGCGGAAUGGUGGCCAAAAUUAAGGUGGACUGCAUCGAGGUAUGUAUACGCGAGAUUUCUGAAGCCGGGCUGAAUCUAAAGUCCUCCAUAGCUCAUACAUGGGCACUUGAUACUCGCGACCAUAUUGCCUUUCCUACUCAAGGCUAUUCGUUUCGCUUGUUGCAAGAAUAUGCUGGUUUAGGAGGCAAGGCAAAUUAUCUGAAGUCAUCGAUUGAUUCAAGUAUCUCACAUCGGCUGUUUUCUUCAAAUGCUAUCCUUUCUCUGGGUCUACAGGCUGGUUGGAUGCAUUCGCUAGGUGGCGGACUCGUGCCAUUCAGCGACCGAUUUAGGCUAGGUGGCCCUACAAGUGUGCGAAUGUUUAAUCUUAACACUCUUGGACCCAAAGAUGGCAAUGACUAUCUCGGUGGUCAAAUCUUCUGGGCGGGUGGGCUCAGUCUGCUAGCACCCGUGCCUGGAAAACCUACGUGGCCUCUGCGCAUGCACGGCUUUGUCAACGCCGGUCGACUGACAAAUACAUGGAGCGAUGUAGGAGGGCCAUCCAUAUCGGUCGGAUUAGGCUUAGCGGGACAGCUACAGGGGGUGAGAGUCGAAGCCAAUGUAGGUGUACCGGUCAGUGUUCGUGAGGGGGAUGGAUCGAGAAGAGGACUACAUGUUGGCCUUGGAAUCGCAUACCUUUCAUGAGCAAACAACUAUUCUUCGAUGCGAACUCAAUAUCUUAUGUGUGAGAUAGCUUCUUGGACAAAUGGGAUUUCGAAUGUUCAUUUACUUG